AUGAAGCGCUGGCUGCUCUGGGCCGCCAUGGUCCUGGCCGUAUCGGCCCACAACCACAACCACCACCACCACCACGAUCUCGUCGUUCAAGAUGAUCACCCCGGGCUCGCCUUCAAUCCCGUCCUGCAUCAUCCGCGCUCGGACGUCUGGGUCCGCGCCGACGUGAUCUUGGAUCCUGCUCAGGAGCAGUGCUCGGUCGUCUUUCGAGGCCCAGCCAAUCCCCCACGUCUGGACCAGGAUCGCCUCUUGACGCUCCCGGUCGUCGUCGAGGACGGCCAUCUGUAUGCCCCACACCGCCGCCAGGACGACCGCAUUCUCUUCCGUCUGACCGAGCCCGACAGAGAGAAGCUCGACGCCGCCAUCGAGGCUCUCUGCUCCAGCCACAACGUCGUCGACGAGUGGGAUGACGGCGACUUUGAUGUCAUGGACCUCAAGGAUAAGCCCGAAGUCAUUAAGCUCAUCGACGGCGGCGAUCCCAAGAACCGCAUCGAUGUCGUCCUGAUGGGCGAUGGAUACACCUCCAAGGAGCGCGAUCGAUUCUUCGACGACAUGAGUCGUCUCAUCCACGACAUGUGGAUCGGAGAAACCUUUGCUUCCGUCCGUCCGCUGUUCAACAUCUGGGCAGUGUAUGCACCCUCUGCGCAGAGCGGCAUCGGAGUCGGUGGCAAGCCCAAGGACACAACCUUUGGACUCUAUCGUGAUGGCACUGAGCUCCGUGGAAUCUACUGCUCCAAGCCACAGGUUGCUCGAAAGAUCUGCAAGCUGACUGGACCGCACGCUUGCGACUUUCCUUCGCUGAUCGCCAACGACGAAUAUUACGGCGGACUCGGGGGCGAGUUUACGAUCUCUACACGCUCCAAAACCUCCGGCACGGUCGUUCUCCGCCAUGAGAUGGGCCACAACUUUGUCAACGUCGGCGAAGAGUAUGACGGCGGCGAGGUCUACAGCGGCUGCAAUGCCGCACAUAGCCUGAAGGACCUGAAGUGGGCUCACUGGCUGACCGAGACCGGCCCUGUCCAUGAGGAAGAAAACGACCUGCUGUUGCAAAAGUACCCGUGGUAUGAUCUCGGCAAAGGCCCGAUUUCGUUCAAGUUCCACAGCAAGGGCGAAUGCAAGCGCUGGUAUCUUCAAAUGACGGCGUCGGGUGUCGACACUGACGGCUCGAUGGAAGUGCUGCUCGAUGGCCAGCCACUCGAGUGGAAAUCGACCGGUAUUCUUGACCGCAGCACCUUCACGUGGACGGAAACGGAGGCUCCGUUCUCCAAAGGAAGCCAUGUGUUGGAGGUCCGCCAGCUGACCCGCCCGAACAAGACCGCACCCAUCCGACAGCUAUGCUCGCUUAACCUCCAUGAGUAUGCCGACGAGCCCAAUUACCACUUUGACGACAACACCUAUGUCUCGGCAUUCCCCACCUUCGACAUCAACAACCGCAAGUCGUUCCGCCCGACCAACGAAGGAUGCCUGAUGCGCAACAUGACCUCGUCUCACUUUUGCUCUGUCUGCAAGGAAGGCUUGUGGAUCCAGUUUUUCAAACAGAUCUCGGCCAUCGAUAAGGUCGACUACACGUGCAGUGGAGAUCUGACUCAUUUCAAGCUUGACCUGAUUCCGCUGGCCCACCUCCGCCCCGAGUCCGAGCGCAUCGACGGCGAGUACUACAAGAUCGACUGGAUCCGCGAUGGCGUCCAUCUCGACAAGUACGCCAACCUGACGGACUUUAGCAUCAUCCAGGAAGAAGGCCACGGCCGUUGGGAUGUGGUCGUUCAUUUUGGCACCCACGAAGUGCGCAAGGACCACGGCCUGCUGCGAUUCAAGGAGACGGUGCAUGUGCACUGCAAGAAGUAA